GGCCCCACCUUCACUGCAUCUUAAGCCUUCAGCUGCCAGCCUCAUCGGUUAGCUACACAGUUCCGCGGGACCCCUGCCUGCCCCUCACCUCCAAAAAUUCCCAGCACGGCAAAACCCAAACAAGUCAAGCUUUCAUCAGGGAUUGGAGUUCAGCGUCGCUGCGAUCCCCACCGCCAUUGGGAGUCGAAGAACGACCUCAUUCAAGAACAAGGCAGAAACAGGCCGGAAGAAAAAGAAGGAAAGUCAAAAGUAAGGAAAAGAGCACCAACGAAGACAACACAAUGGCGUCAAGCCAACACGUCCUCCUCUCCCCGGCCGAGCUCGCCUACCUGCACGCCUCGCUCUCCCUGACGCCGCCCAUCCGCCCGGACGGCCGCUCCCCGACCCAGUUCCGCCCCCUCGUUGCCGAGACGGGCAUCCUCCCGGGCACGAACGGCAGCGCAAGGAUAUGCUUCGCGGACGGCACCGAGGCCAUUGUCGGCGUGAAGGCCGAGGUCGAGCGGACCGCGCAGCGGGCCGGGGACGAGACUGUCUUUAUCGAAGGGAAUAUUGGCGGCGAUGAGGACGAGGACGUCGGGGAUGCGGAGGCAAGAGAGGGCGAGGACCGGAGGAAGGGGGAGGCCUCGUGGGUCGAGAUAACCGUGGAGAUCCCCGGGCUGAGGGACGACGACUCUGGGACUGCGUUUCUGGCUGCCAUGCUGAGUGAGGCGUUGCUUGCCGACGGGGAAUUUGCCAAGAAGCUGUGGAUCAACAGGCGCUUCCACUGGAAGCUCUACAUUGACAUAAUCCUCAUCUCCCCCCCGCUCUCCUAUCCCCUCCCGCUGCUCUCCCUCACAACCCACCUCGCGCUGCUCUCCACCCGCCUCCCGCGCCUCAAGUCCGAGGGCGACGAAGACCCUUUUUUCGACGACGACUGGGCAGCCGCGCCCUAUCUCUUCCCGCGGUCGUCCACCACCACCACCAUCAGCAGCACCACGAAAUCCUCCCAGCCAGCCCCCGCCCGACCGCCAAUAACCCUCCUCGUCAUGGCGGUCGGCAACAACAUCAUCUUCGACCCCUCCAAGGAAGAGCUCGCCGUCGCCGACGUCGCCCUGGCCGUCUCAGUCACGGGCACGUCGGAUCACGACCACCACGAACAACAACAACACCAACGACAACAACAACCGCACCAACCACCACCACCAUUACCACCACACAACCAACUACCGACAGACGGCCGCGGGCCCCCCCGCAACCUGCGCCUGCUCUCCAUCCGGACGAUCGACCCGCCGUCGAGGCUGACGCCGCCCGGCGUGGCCAACGCGGCGAACCCAGCGUACGGGACAGGGGCGAACGGGGCGGCGGCGGCGGCGACAGCGGUGGCGGGGCAGCAGCAGCAGCAACAGCAGCAGCAGCAGCAGCAGCAGCAGCAAAAGACGGCCGAGGCCGAGGUCCCUGAGGGGGUGUGGCGGGCGCCGCGGGGCGGGGCGAAGAGGAUGGUGCUGGGGGCGAUGGUGCAGAAGGUGCUGGAGCGGGGCGGGGUGGUGGAUGAGGUGCUGGAUGCGUUGGAGGGGGUGGAUUUGGGGUGAGCGAGGUCUGCGAGGCGGGGUGGUGAUGGUGGUGCUGGUGGUUGAUUUAAAUGGGGGGAAAAGGGAAGUCGUGUUGCUGUGUGGUUUCGUGAUCCCGCUUUUCCCGCCUCGUCCCACCGUGUGCCCAACCAUUCCCCGUCUCCUUUGCCCAGCGCCCGUUUUUUUAUGGUACAAUAGAGUACACCCUGGUGUAUGCCAUACAGAC